AUAGGUAUGUAUGCAGGCAUCGCGACCGCGGUCAUCAUGAGUAUAUUAGUAGGGUAGCGCAAUGCACGUCUCUCAAUAGUCAAUAGUCGCAGUCAGACUGCAGAGCUGUAGAGAGUAUAGAGUUUCGGCUGAGGCGCGAAACCGGUCUUUCUCUCCUUCUUUCUUUUAUACAUAUAUCUAUAUGUGCUUGUAAGUAGCAUCAGCAUCGGCCACGAAAUCGAGCCUCUCACUCUCGGCACUUGCUCGCGCACCGGGACCAUCGAGCAGAGCAGCGAUGGGCAGCUUCCGCGCACAGGUCUCCAAUACCUCGUCAGAGGCAGAUGGAAUAGAGUUAUUUAAUCCUAAUUUACUGGAAAGAGUGGCUAACCAGUUGAGAGGUGAUGGACUCAUCUUCAGGCCUCUCAACAGCAGAGACUUUGACAAGGGGUUCUUACAGCUUUUGGGACAGUUAACCGACGUGGGAAAUAUUACCAAGGAUCAAUUCUUAAAUCGCUUUCAUGGAAUGAAAAGUUCUGGUGGCUACUACGUUAUUGUGGUGGAAGAUUUGAACUGCGGAAAAGUCAUAGGCAGCGCUACGCUCGUCGUCGAGCAAAAGUUCAUUCAUAGCUGCGGACUGCGAAAUUAUACCAAGAGUAUUGCAGAACGAGUUGUAUUCUUGUCGUGUUGGACGCUCGUAUACUUAUGUGUGUGCCUGCAGUCAUCAAAAAUGACUGAAAUUGACUGGCCUUGGCAAUACAGUUUUCCUCCGUUUUUCACACUUCAACCACACGCGGAAACUCGUGCAAAACAGAUUGCAGCGUGGAAAAGUUUAGUUUUGGAUUAUUUUCGGACGACCAAACAAGCCAUUCUUGAUAUCCGAGAGAUACAUAGCACUCCAUUGUUCAACAAUGUCUCCAUUGACAGAAAACUACCAUCAGAGGUAGUAUCCGUAAUAGUAGAAGAAUUAGCAAAAUCGGGCAAUGCUACUCCAUUAGAUAAGGCUAAAUUACGCUGGGUCGUUUCUUGGCAUACGCUGGAUGAAUGGGCUGAGAUAAUAUAUUCAUGGGCUCAAACAAAUGGAUUCGCCGGAUCUGUAUGUACAUUCUAUGAACUGACUCAGGGAGAAAAUACAGUGGAUCAAGAAUUUCAUGGCUUGGACAAUGAAUUGCUAGUGAGAGCUUUGAAGACAUUGGAAGCUGCUAAAAGGGCAGAGUUGAUAAUUUUUGAUGAUAACGAGGGCGUCAAGUUCUUUUAAUUUUAAUUUGUAAAUUGCUUGAUUUAAUUUACAUUAUGCCUAUAUAUAGUUGUAUAAUUAAUCUCUGUAUACAUAUAGAGCUGAUGCCAAGACAUGCACAUACGUAUACAUCAUGUGAAAAUGUUGACAAUAUAAAGAAACGUUAAGAAUAUAAACUGGAUUACGGUUGAUUCAAUACACUUAUACGUACAGCGUAAAAUUAUAUCGUAUAUAGUAAAGUUGUCAGCCUUGGCACUUGAUGAUGAUUACACAGCACACCCAGGACAGCUCGAGCGGGCGUGUACGCGUUUAGAACAAUAAAAUAUAGUAGA